AUGUUCGGCAGACGGCCCUCCCAAUCCCACAGCCGCUCGGAAAGCUUCUCAACUAAAUACCGUGCGGGCAAAGCAGCAUCCCGAUCGAGGAAAUCUUUCAGAGGAGGCGAGCCGCCAGUCAUCUUGAAACGCUCAGAGCGAGGACAGAAACCAGAAAGUCCCGUUCCCAAGUAUGCACCUCCCAUCAACCCGCUUUCAUCCAUUCAUGAUCCAGUCGCUAACGUCUCUCGUUCUGUCGCCAGUCUAACGUCGGCCAUAGUCACCCUCUGUGUAGGUCCCGAGCAACGUCUUUUUGCUGCCCAUGAAGAAAUCCUAUCCGUUUCACCAUUUUUCUCCUCCUGCUGCCGUGGCCAGUUCCUCGAGUCGGGAAACAAACAGAUAAACCUACCAAGCGAACAACCUGAGAUCCUUUCCUCAAUACUAGAAUAUCUUUACAAAGGAGAUUACUUUCCUCGCUUGGUACAUAAUAAACGGAGAAAUACCUGGGAGUUGGAAGCUGCUGUGGAUGAGAAUGGUGCCCCCGUGCUUGCUGAAUCGACAGUCAUUGACCCGAUCGAUGGCUCUGUUGUCUUGAAAGACACCGCUAUAUAUUGUGCAGCCGAUCGCUAUGGGCUCUCCGAGCUUAAACGCCUAGCCCUACGAAAGCAGGGCCUCCAAUCGGCUAUCCAAUGCAGCACUAUCCUGUCCAGCGCUCGUUAUGCUUAUGCACACACUCCUGACACCGAUUCGAAGCUACGUGCCCACUACCUUGCCUUGAUCAUUCGGAGCCGAUCAACCUUCAAGAGAAGCGGAACAAUGCAGAUGGAGAUGGAAACCGGUGGAAAACUCUUCUUCGAUCUUUUCGUCGCCAUGUGUAACCAUAUGGACGACAUCACCGGUCCCUCAAAGUCUCCAUUCUCGCGAUAA